GGCAGACAUAACAAAGUCGUCCAAUCACAAAAAAAUCUGAAAGGGGAUUUUUGCUGUAUCUUGGCUCAGAUGGUGGGUUAGUGGGCCCAGAUGUCGGAGGACGAGCAGCUCCAGCGGGCCGAAGCCUCCCUGGGGGCCGACGGCGCUCUGGAGGCGGGGGAGGGCGACACGGAGCCCAGCAUGCUGCUGCAGAAACUCAAGAGCAACAUCCCGAAGAGCGUUCAGACCAAAGUGGACCAGAUCCUGCAAGAUGUUCAACGUUUCUCCGACAGCGACAAGCUGUACCUGUACCUCCAGCUGCCCUCCGGAGACAAGAGUGUGUGUGUGUGUGUGUGUAGUGGUGGUGGCGACAGUUCCUUCAACACGACGGACCAGCUUCACACCUGUAACUGGAUCCGCAGUCACCUGGAGGAGCACUCAGACACCUGCCUGCCCAAACAGGACGUCUACGAGACGUACAAGAGACACUGUGAGAACCUACAGCUUCGCCCUUUGAGCGCUGCCAACUUUGGGAAGAUCAUCCGAGACAUUUUCCCCAACAUCAAGGCCCGAAGGCUCGGCGGCAGAGGACAGUCCAAGUACUGUUACAGCGGCAUCAGGAGGAAGACGGUCCUCAACAUGCCUCUGUUGCCCAAUCUGGACCUGAAUAACGACCCGGCGGAGCUGACCGAGCUGGUCCAGACAUACAAACAGGAAGUGACAGAGGCGGCGUGCGAGCUGAUCUGUGAUUGGGCGCAGAAGAUCCUGAAGCGUUCGUUCGACACGGUGGUGGAGAUCGCCCGUUACCUGAUCCAGGAGCACAUCGUCAACCCUCGCUGCAGCCAGGCUGAGCUGGUGACGUCCGCCGCACUCGCAGGAGGUCCAGCCAAACCUCACAAGGUCAUCAAGAAAACUCCCGUCAUCUCUAAAGCGGACAGCGAUGGAGCAGCUGAUCAUAAGAAGGAACUGGGAGACUCUUCCUCCUCGUCUUCACUGAAGCUGCCGUCUGGAGACAAAUCAGCUGCGAAACCUUCGUCGCUGGACGGUCCGCCUCCUCCCUCCUCUUCCUCGUCCUCCUCUCUGCGUCCUGCGGUGGAGGCCUUCAUGAAGCAGUUACCCAGAAUCCUCCCUCGGAGCUCCCUCCCCGAGAAGACGCCACUGUCGAUCCGCUCCUCCCCGCCCUCGCUGGUUCCCAAAGACGCCUCCGGUGUCAUCGGUGGGGGGGCAUCCGGACCCGGAGGCCCAGUGGCCGCUGCCACCAACAGUGGCGGCGUGAAAGUCAUUGCCAUGGCGACGCUACCGCAGCAGCAGGGCGGGCCCGUCCCGGUGAUGAUCCUGCCUCAGGGCUGUCUGGCGUACGAGCGGGAGAAAGUCACACCGCCGCCGCCGUUGCCACCGCAACCCAAGCAGCAGCACGCCACCGCAGCGCCGACCUCGGUGGUCCAGAAAGCGCGAGGGAACGCCAGCAAGCGCCCCCUGGAGGCUGUGGUGUCCAGCGGCGGCAGCGCUGUGGGCGUGUCUGGCUCCAGCGCUGCUCCUCCUCCUCCUCCUCCUCCGGUGAAACGGAAACGCGGCCGACCGAGAAAACCUCGGCCGGAGGACGCACCGCCUCCCCCCGCUCCCGCCGCUCUGUCUCCUAAACCUCCGGCGGCGCCCGGCGCCCACGCUCCCAUCAUCACAUCACUGAGCGGCGGGGUCAUCCAGAAAGCCUCUUCCUCCUCCUCCUCCUCUUCUUCCUCCUCGCAGCCGGUGCUGGAGCUGGUGAUCCAGGAGCAGCCGGGGCUCCUUCUCAGCCAGCUGCCGGCCGUGUCGGAUGCAGGCCACCAGCUGGUGGAGCACCGUGGCGGCGUGGUGGUCCAGUGUCAGCCGGGCCGCGCCGUGGAGCCGGACCGCCACGGCCGGCCGCAGCCGCCGCUGCUGCUGUUCCAGAGUCCCGGGACCCCCGCCGGCUGGACGGCCGGACGCACGCCGAUGGUGGAGGUGAUCCAGAAAGCUCCACGGCCAAGCAACAACAACAACAACAAUCCUCCUCUCCCUCUGCCCACGCUGCACGAGGAGCGCGGCGAGGUGGAGAUCACGCUGACGCCGGUGGAGCUGCACAUCAGCUCGCCACCGCCACCCCCACCCCCACCCCCACCUCCCACCUCCUCCUCCUCGCUCUGCUCCGUUGCCGUGGUGAAGAGCGAGGAGGAGGAGAUGGGAGUGUCCUCCCAGAGAGAGAGAGAGAGAGAGGAACACUAGCUUCUCUUUCUACACGCAGGGUUCAUACGUUUUUAAAAAAUAACCUGGAAAAGUUACGGAA